AUGUUUGAUCCUUGUAGACUCUUUGGUGUGGCAGGAAUAUGCAGUGCCUGUCAGACAGCAAUUCCACCCGAUGAGAUGGUGAUGCGUUGCAAUGGCAGUGUCUACCACCUGAAGUGCUUCACUUGUGCACAUUGUCACAGUCCAUUGUUGCCAGGCGAGCGGUACCUUUUGGUAAAUGGCAGUCCAUUCUGUGAACAUGAAUUUGGAAGACUACUCCAAGGCACAACACCACCGCCUCCUCCGCCUCCUCCUCCUCCACCACCUGCACCAACUCAGCCGUCCCAAAUAUCGUCGGCUUCCACAGACAUACCACCACCUGUCAUGACUCCACCAAUUUUUGCUCCAGGUGGACUUGGAAGUCCGGUUUUUUGUGGCAAUCAAGAGGCUCCCUCCAACUCGACCAGCGGUCGAGUGACACCGCGACAACGAUCAUACGAUCACUUCCACGCCACCUACCAUCCCAUUCUCGACUCCAAUGCCAACUUCCAGGACUAA